UAAUAACAAAAAGUCAGAAACUGAGUUUUAGACCAUACCUUCCACAACGUGAACAAACUCUCUCACCUACCACCAACUCUCAUUCUUCCGAUUCAUGGUAUAAAAAAAACAACCAAAGACUUCCCCUGUCAUCUUUGUCCCAAUUAUUGUUUCUCAUGACAGGUUCUUCAUCAUAGUUGACUCCAACCCAACCCAGUUUUCAUCGAACUUUGCUGAUAAAUGGAAAACCAGCACCAAUCAUCAAAGACUUCUGAAUUAGAUGCUCCUCUCCAUUUAAUUGGAUUCGAGAUUCAAGAUUUGUCUCCACAAAGGGUAUCUGGGCAUCUCACUGUUACACAAAAGUGCUGCCAGCCCUUCAAGGUGUUGCACGGAGGGGUGUCAGCAUUGAUGGCAGAGGCUCUUGCGAGCAUAGGUGCCCACAUGGCUUCUGGUUACCAGAGAGUGGCUGGGAUUCAGCUCAGCAUCAACCAUUUGAAAAGUGCUGUGCUUGGUGACUUGGUCUAUGCAGAAGCUACCCCUGUAAAUGUUGGCAAAACCAUUCAGGUAUGGGAGGUUAGAAUCUGGAAGCUUGAUCCUUCAAACAAAGAAAAGAGAUCUCUGAUAUCAUCAUCAAGGGUUACUCUACUAUCCAACAUGCCUGUCCCCGACAAUGCAAAAGGUGCAGGAGAAACACUAAGGAAGCAUGCUAGACUGUGAAUAUUCCUGCUGUAUAAUUUACUUAUGCAUAACCAAAACUUUUCUUCUUUUCUGAAAUACAACGAGGAAAGGAUUGUUGAGGGUCUAAAAAAAGCAUCACUAGUGCUUCAAAAUAUAAACCAUUCUAAUAAUUUGUUGCUUGAA